UUCCGCGAAAACUACCAACUUUCAGGAGCCGCGAAAUAUUGGGUAUUCUAAUUCCUCUUUACUCGAGGUUCCGAUCUUUAGAUUGUUCGAGAUGUCGGAAAACGAUCGCUUAAUUACUGAAGCAAGGGGAAUUCAACACACUCGAAUAGCAGUAGAAGAUGUUGGUCGGGCUGUCCGAGUUCGAAAUACAAUGUAUGCUUAUUCAAAUCACUUCAUUACGCAGAGCCGACCGUACUUUCGACGACAGCUACCGACUUACAUCGACUGCGUAUGCUUUCUGUGGUUAACGUGGGCGAUGUUUUGGGCGUCUUGGCUUGGUGCCUUGGCCGACAAAGGAGGUUAUUACAAAGGUGCACCAUUUUACUGUUUCUUUGUUUGCGCAAUUUUCAUUGGAAUCUUCUGCCAGCACGAGAUUGUCAACAGAAAAUCGCUUCGGAUUGUCUUGACACAGCCUGUUCUCGACGGGCAACAGAAGUUAAACGCGCUGUACGAAGUGACAGUCACAGAAUUGCAAGGAAUGGCUCUACAGAAUUACCAGGCUGGAAUUGGGUUCGUUCAUGUAUCGGAAGGAAAAGUAAAAUUCCAAGCCUUUAAUCGCAAAGCUGAGCAGGCGAUGAUCUGUGCAAGGAAGACAUCACGAUGCAUGCUAAUUCUUUUCCUCGGCUCUGCUUGUUUUAAUUUUUAUUUUAUGAUGACUUCCUCGCUGGGUCUUGCGUUUUCAAGAGAAUGAUCAGAAUACGGUAACUUUAGUACUUUCAAAAUGAUAUUUUGGUAUACAAAUCACUUUGUUACCCUUGAAACGUUAUAACUUCGGUGAGAAAACUUUAUACUUGUAGAUGACGUAAAGCAAUGUUUCGUUAUAUGUCACUUCGUUUGUCACGCGACGCCCGCUCUUUUUCACGCGGCUCACCUUUAUGCUGUGUUACAUUGAGAGGGCCAGGCUCGAAUAAUUUGGAUGUUUUGGUUACUACUAGAUAAAAUACGCGUACGAAGAAUUCAGAGUGGGGGGAUGGUGGCAUAAGGAGAGUCUACAACUCCAGUUUUCUCGGUCCAUGACCUUUUCCAGAUCAAUCGCUUUUGCAAGCAUCACGUGAUGUCCCGUGACAGAAAUGUUUUCGCUGUGACUAAGGAGAGUUAAUCGUUGACUUGUCUUUUUAUUUCUCAGUACAAUUUUUGCAUCCAAUUGUAUUUCUUUCCCUUUAUAACUUGUAAUAAUCAUUUAUUAGAAAAAUGCGUUCGAUUUCUAGUAAAACAGUAAUUUUGAUUGUA